UAGCAACUUUGAAAAUUGGUUCCUUCUUAGUUCUUACUACUUCCUUGUGUUAGAAUCAGCGUACCAAACCAAACCAAACCCAACUUAGCCAUUUUCUUUACCCACUACACGAGCCAUUUUCUUUACCCACUACACGAGCCAUCCCCAACCUCCAGAGUAUAUGCCACUCCACACCAUCAACAGUACCAGAUACUAUUCAAUCUAAAGACACAGACACCAUAAGAGACAACAACAUAGCACAAACAAACAACAUCACACGUUUCUUAUUUUCCUUUAAACCCGUUGGUUUGUGUUGUGUUUCUUUCUACAUAUAUAUAUAUAAUAGAAUAUAAUAACAUACCCUUAUUAGCUUCUACAACCUUCAAUGGCCACUUCACUUCUUCUACUUCUCCUCAUCACUUGUUUCUCUCUUCUACCAUCUUCUUAUAGUUAUUCCUCUCCUUUUCCACCUUCUGCUUCCUUUCUCUAUGAACUUCAAUCUCAGUGCUCCCUUGCCACCUCCCCUGACCCUCCUCUUCAGGUGGAUGGGAAUUUCAUAGAAGGGGUUUUGUCUGGCAGAAAGAGGGUUGGAUACAUUUCUAUACUCUUCUAUGCUUCCUGGUGUCCUUUAUCAUGCAGAAUGCUUCCUGAAUUUGAGAUUCUUAGUUCCAUGUUUCCUCAAGUACAACAUGUAGCACUUGAGCAAUCAUCUGCUUUGCCCAGCUUAUAUUCAAAAUAUGGAAUCCAUAGCUUACCUGCAAUCUUACUGGUGAAUCAGACAUCUAGGGUGAGAUAUCAUGGUCCAAAAAUUCUUAACUUCCUUGUAGAAUUUUAUGAGAGAAACACAGGAUUAGAAGCCAAGGACAAUGCUGUUGUUGGUCAACUGAGCAAUUUGAUGAGUGAUGAACAUUCAACUAUGAAGGGCUUCUCCCUCAAAGAAAUAUUUAACAGGGAACCUUACUUGGCAUUAUCUAUAUUGUUUUUCUGUUUAAGGAUUAUUCUAUUUGUAUUGCCCACGAUUAUGUCACGUCUCAAAGAAUUCUGGACUUCCUAUGCUUCUCAUUUGAACAUGCAAAUAUUUGGCGAGGUGAUGGAACGUGUUCUUAAUGUAAUUGAUGUCAAGAGGAUUUGGACCAAGCUAAGACUAUACAAGACCAGGAACUUUCAUGAAAGGGUGAGGAGUGCCCGGGUUUUGGCAUCAUCUCUGGCUUCUGUUUCCCUUGGUGACUCAUCAGCUAGGUGAUGGUCUCAAAUCUCAAUGUUUGAACUUUGAACUAACCAUGUUGUUCUAGUCAUUUUGAGGGUUGUGAAGAGUUUAUCAGAUGACCUUUUGCACAUAACUCCCUAGUUCUGUUACUAAUUUUGUUUGUUAGUAGUUAAAAGAUGCUGAUGUCUGAGUUGGACUUUGGGAGAAAGUAGUGAAUAGGCGUGUAAAUUUGAAAUAUCUUUCCUUUGUAAAUUCUGAAUGUAUAUAUUUACACACGUUUUCUAAGUUCAAUAAAAUGUUCCUUUUUCUUUCUUUCUU